AUGAGGUCACUAAGCUACUCCCCUGCAAAAGUAGAUGAUAUAUUCUGGACGGAGAAAGAAGCUCUGGUGAAAGAGAAGGACGAGGAGGCUAUUAGAGUAAAACAAGAGGAGGGAGUGAAAGAGGAGGAGGAUAUCACAGGAGAGAAGAGUCUCUCCAUAUCUAAACACCUCAAGAAACGCCCGCAGAGACCCACCGGGAAGAGAACUCACUGCUGCUCUGACUGUGGGAAGAGAUUCACCUCCUCAUCAGGCAUUACAAUUCAUCAGAGAAUCCACACAGGAGAGAAACCUUUUAGCUGUGGUCAAUGUAGGAAGAGUUUUACUACAUCCAGCACUCUGACUGAACACCAGAGAACACACACAGGAGAGAGACCUUAUAGCUGUGGUGAAUGUGGGAAGAGUUUUGGUGGAUCUGGAGAGCUGACAGUGCACCAGAGAACACACACAGGAGAGAAACCUUAUAGCUGUGGUCAAUGUAGGAAGAGUUUUACUACAUCUGGCCAUCUGAUUCGACACCAGAGAAUACACACAGGAGAGAAACCUUAUAUCUGUGGUGAAUGUGGGAAGAGUUUUUCUAGAUCUAGCACUCUGACACUACACCAGAGAACACACACAGGAGAUAAAUCUUAUAGCUGUGAUCUAUGUGGGAAGAGUUUUUCUAGAUCUGACUCUCUGACUGUACACCAGAGAAUACACACAGGAGAGAAACCUUCUAGCUGUGGUCAAUGUGGGAAGAGAUUUGCUACAUCUAGCCAUCUAACUGUACACCAGAGAACACACACAGGAGAGAAAGCUUAUAGCUGUGGUCAAUGUGGGAAGAGAUUUGCUACAUCUAGCCAUAUAACUGUACACCAGAGAACACACACAGGAGAGAAACCUUAUAGCUGUGGUCAAUGUGGGAAGAGUUUUGGCCAAUCUGGAGCUCUGAGAGUGCACCAGAUAACACACACAGGAGAGAAACCUUAUAGCUGUGGUCAAUGUGGGAAGAGUUUUGCUACAUCUAGAGUACUGAAUCGACACCAGAGAACACACACAGGAGAAAAACCUUAUAGCUGUGGUCAAUGUGGGAAGAGUUUUUCUAGAUCUUGCACUCUGACACAACACCAGAGAACACACACAGGAGAGAAACCUUAUAGCUGUGGUCAAUGUGGGAAGAGUUUUGCUACAUCUAGAGUACUGAAUCGACACCAGAGAACACACACAGGAGAAAAACCUUAUAGCUGUGGUCAAUGUGGGAAGAGUUUUUCUAGAUCGAGCUCUCUGACUAUACACAAGAGAACACACACAGGAGAGAAACGUCAUAGCUGUGAUCAAUGUGGGAAGAGAUACUCAGAUAAAAGAUCUCUGAUUAAACAUCAGAAAAUACAUGGAGUUGUUUCAUGAUAUCAAUGAAAAAAUGUCA